AUGUCAAUUAAGUUAAACUCUGGUUACGAUAUGCCUCUUGUUGGGUUCGGUUGUUGGAAGGUUUCCAACGACACCUGUGCCGAACAAAUUUACAAUGCUAUUAAGGUUGGUUACAGAUUAUUCGAUGGUGCCAUGGACUACGGUAAUGAGAAGGAAGUUGGACAAGGUUUAAAGAAAGCCCUUGAUGAAGGUCUUGUUUCAAGAGAAGAACUUUUCAUCACCUCAAAGUUAUGGAACAAUUACCAUGACCCUAAAAACGUCCCAAUUGCCCUUGAAAAGGUAUUAAAGGACUUGGGAUUGGAUUACAUAGAUCUCUAUUUGAUUCAUUUCCCAAUUGCGUUCAAAUUUGUUCCAAUUGAAGAAAAGUACCCUCCAGGGUUCUACUGUGGUGAUGGUGAUAAAUUCAUUUACGAAGACGUACCCUUAGCUGAAACAUGGAAAGCCUUAGAAAAGUUAACCAAAACUGGUAAGGUUAAGUCCAUCGGGAUCUCUAACUUCAACGGUGGUUUAGUUUAUGACUUGCUUAGAGGUGCUGAAAUUAAGCCUGCAGUAUUACAAAUUGAGCACCAUCCAUACUUGCAGCAGCCAAAUCUUGUUGAGUAUGUUCAAAGCGAAGGUAUUGCAAUCACUGCAUACUCUUCGUUCGGACCAUUAUCGUUUGUGGAAUUAGACCAUCCAAAGGCCCUCGAAACUCCGAAGUUAUUUGAGCACAAGUCUAUUCAGUCCAUUGCGGAUGCGCACAAGAAGACUCCUGCUCAAGUUUUACUUAGAUGGGCUACCCAGAGGAACAUUGCCGUUAUUCCAAAGUCCAAUAACCCAGACAGACUUCACCAAAACUUGGUUGUAAACGAUUUUGACUUGACCAAGGAUCAAAUUGAUGAAAUCAGUAAGCUUGAUAUUGGCUUAAGAUUUAACAAUCCGUGGGAUUGGGACAAAAUUCCAAUUUUUGCCUAA